UGACAGGCAUAGGUUAGAUUUAGAUGCAGUCGGAGCGAUCGAACGUGCGAUUAGUCGGUGUUAGUGCGUGUCGUAGAGGUUAUGUUUCUCUCUCUCGCCUCUCCCGUAUGUAUACAUAUUUUGAAUAAGCGGACGAACCAAACUGGCUCGAUUGUACCCGAUAUUUUUCGUAUAAGAUCCGCGGAAAGAAUGCGUUGCUUGUCCGAUAAGUCUCGGCGAGAGUGACGUAAGCGUGUGACCCGAGUGUGACGAGUCAUGUGUGUAAAUUUAAAGCAUGGUUAUCACGCAACGAAGGAUGAAGCAGAUUGCGAUCUUCGCAGUUUGCGUAUUCUUGUUGGUAUUAGGCUUUUAUAAGACUCUCGUGACUACAGAAGAGGAAGGAUUUUUCGGUCGCAGUCGACAUCGCGGCAUAAUUACCGAGGAUAAGAUUAAUUUAGGCGAUAGAAACGACAUCGUCGAAGACGCAAAAAUUCGCAGUGUCGAAGAGGAGUCAUCCGAUGGAGACAUCAAGAACAUCGAGGAGGCGAGGAUUCGCAUUCGCGAGCUGGAGGGCAAGCUGCAACAUCUCGAGGCGGCGAUCAAAAACGGAGUAGCGAAGGAUUUUCCGACGGUCAAGUUUUUGAAUUACAAGAACCGGAAGCGAAUACUGGUGACGGGUGGCGCGGGUUUCGUCGGCUCUCACCUGGUCGAUCGUCUGAUGCUUGCCGGCCACGAAGUUAUAGUCGUCGACAACUUCUUCACCGGCAGAAAGCGAAAUGUCGAGCACUGGAUCGGUCACGAGAAUUUCGAAUUGGUGCAUCAUGAUAUCGUGAGGCCUCUGUACCUGGAGGUCGACGAGAUAUAUCAUCUCGCUAGUCCGGCCAGUCCACCGCAUUAUAUGUUAAAUCCCGUGAAAACGAUCAAGACGAACACUUUGGGUACUAUAAAUAUGUUGGGACUCGCGAAACGAGUCGGCGCGCGAGUAUUAAUUGCGAGCACGUCGGAGGUAUACGGAGAUCCUAAUGAACAUCCACAGGCAGAAACCUACUGGGGUCAUGUAAAUCCUAUCGGUCCACGAGCAUGUUAUGAUGAAGGAAAACGAGUUGCCGAGACAUUGAGUUACGCUUAUAUGAGACAGGAAGGUGUUUCGGUCCGAGUAGCACGAAUUUUUAAUACCUUCGGUCCCAGAAUGCACAUGAAUGACGGUCGCGUCGUAUCAAAUUUUAUUCUUCAAGCUUUACAAAAUAAUUCAAUUACAAUUUAUGGCAGUGGAAAACAGACGCGAUCGUUUCAAUAUGUCUCCGAUUUGGUAGACGGAUUGGUAGCAUUAAUGGCAUCUAAUUAUACCUUGCCUGUAAAUAUUGGAAAUCCCGUGGAACAUACAAUUGAAAAAUUUGCGCGUAUAAUAAAAAAUUUGGUGGGUGCUACUAGUAAGAUAAUUGAACUCGCAGCAGUCGAAGAUGAUCCACAGAGAAGAAGACCAGAUAUCAGUAGAGCCAAAAAAUAUUUGAAUUGGGAACCAAAGGUUCCUUUAGCUGAAGGCCUGAAGAAAACUAUAGUAUACUUCGCUAAAGAAUUAAAGAGAACAAAACAUUCUCAAAAAACCAGUUUUAAACAGUCUUCUUAUAAAAACGAUCACGAUAUAGUAGAACAACUUUAGAGGAUUAAGUGGUAACGAUACGAUUAAUGUAUCCACUUUCAAAAGUGGCGUGAAAGUGCCAUUAAGCUAUGGACCAGUAUGUGCCAAAAAAUCCCCGUCCAAUUAAAUUUUACAUAAUUUAUAUAGCAAACGAUAUACAAUUAUACGCUCAUAUUAAUCAGCCUCUUAAAUUUCUUCCUAAUAAAUAUAUGUCGUGUACCUUGUAAUAAUAAUUUAAAAUU